ACAGUGAAAAAGCAGCCUGGCUCCCGAGGUCCACCCCUUACACCCCAGGGUCCAGAUGGCGGCCAACGUGGGUGAUCAACGUAGCACGGAUUGGUCCUCUCAGUACAGCGUGGUGGCCGGGGCGGGCAGAGAGAACGGCAUGGAGACUCCCACACAUGAGAACCCGGAGUGGGAGAAGGCCCGCCAGGCCCUGGCCAGCAUCAGCAAGGCGGGAGCCGCUGGCAGCUCCGCCAAGGCCGGCAGCAGUGGGCCUGUGGCCAGCGCACAAUAUGUGUCCCAGGCGGAGGCGUCUGCCCUGCAGCAGCAGCAGUACUACCAGUGGUACCAGCAGUACAACUACGCCUACCCGUACAGCUACUACUACCCGGUGAGCAUGUACCAGAGCUACAGCUCCCCCUCCCAGUAUGGGAUGGCCAGUUCCUACGGCUCAGCCACACCCCAGCAGCCGUCCGCACCCCAGCACCAAGGGACUCUCAACCAGCCCCCGGUCCCUGGCAUGGAUGAGAGCAUGUCCUACCAGGCCCCCCCCCAGCAACUGCCGACGGCCCAGCCCCCUCAGCCCUCCAACCCCCCGCACGGGGCUCAUCCUCUGAGCAGCGGCCCCCAGCCUGGGACAGCCCCAGCCACCCAGCACAGCCAGGUGGGGCCCGCCUCGGGCCAGGCCUAUGGGCAGCAUACCUACCCUGAGCCUGCCAAGCCCAAGAAGGGCCAGCAGCUGUGGAACCGCAUGAAACCAGCCCCUGGGACUGGUGGUCUCAAGUUCAACAUUCAGAAACGGCCUUUUACCGUCUCCAGCCAGAGCUUCAGCUCUACUUCAGAGAGCCAACACAGCAGCUUCGGCCCCCAGCCCAGCCCCGAGAAAGCCCAGAACCACAGGGGGAGCCUGUCCGGGAAGCCAGACGACUGGCCGCAGGACAUGAAGGAGUAUGUGGAGCGCUGCUUCACCGCCUGCGAGUCAGAGGAGGACAAGGACCGGACGGAGAAGCUGCUGAAGGAGGUGCUGCAGGCCCGGCUCCAGGACGGCUCGGCCUACACCAUCGACUGGAGCCGGGAGCCCCUUCCAGGGCUGACUCGGGAGCCUGUGGCUGAGAGCCCCAAGAAGAAGCGGUGGGAGGCCCCUAGCAGCCUUCACCCUCCCAGGGGGGCAGGCUCAGCGACAAGGGGCGGGGGUGCCCAGUCCCAGCGAGGGACGCCCGGGGCUGGGGGUGCUGGCCGAGCCCGGGGCAGCAGCUUCGCCAAGUUCGGCAACCGCAAUGUCUUCAUGAAGGACCACAGCUCCUCCUCCAGCACCGACUCGCGCUCCCGCUCCUCCUCCCGGUCCCCGACCCGCCACUUCCGCCGCAGUGACUCCCACUCGGAUUCUGACAGUUCCUACUCAGGGAAUGAGUGUCACCCUGUGGGUCGCAGAAACCCACCCCCCAAGGGCCGGGGAGGCCGGGGAGCCCACAUGGACCGGGGCCGAGGCAGGGCACAGCGUGGGAAGAGGCAUGAUCUGGCGCCCACCAAGCGCAGCCGCAAGAAGAUGGCGGCCCUGGAGUGUGAGGACCCUGAGCGAGAGCUGAAGAAGCAGAAGCGGGCUGCGCGCUUCCAGCAUGGCCACUCCCGCCGCCUGCGCCUCGAGCCCCUGGUGCUGCACAUGGGCAGCCUGGAGAGUGGCGGGGCCGACCCCGACUGGCAGGAGCUGCAGAUCGUGGGCACCUGCCCCGACAUCACCAAGCACUACCUGCGGCUCACCUGCGCCCCCGACCCAUCCACUGUUCGCCCCGUGGCAGUCUUGAAGAAGUCGCUGUGCAUGGUCAAGUCCCACUGGAAGGAGAAGCAGGAUUAUGCCUUUGCCUGCGAGCAGAUGAAGUCCAUCCGGCAGGACCUGACGGUGCAAGGUGUGCGCACGGAGUUCACAGUGGAGGUGUAUGAGACCCACGCCCGCAUCGCCUUGGAGAAGGGCGACCACGAGGAGUUCAACCAGUGCCAGACGCAGCUCAAGUCGCUGUACGCCGAGAACUUGCCGGGCAACGUGGGCGAGUUCACUGCCUACCGGGUCCUCUACUACAUCUUCACCAAGAACUCAGGAGACAUCACCACAGAGCUGGCCUACCUGACACGGGAGCUGAAGGCAGACCCCUGCGUGGCCCACGCCCUGGCGCUGCGGGCGGCCUGGGCUCUGGGCAACUACCACCGCUUCUUCCGGCUCUACUCCUGCGCACCCUGCAUGUCCGGCUACCUCGUGGACAAGUUUGCAGACCGCGAGCGCAAGGUCGCCUUCUCCUCUUGUCUCCGUAGCUUCCGCCCUGCGCUGCCAGUCUCCUACCUGCAGGCCGAGCUGGCCUUCGAGGGCGAGGCCGCCUGCCGGGCCUUCCUAGAGCCCCUAGGCCUGGCCUACACGGGCCCGGACAACUCCAGCAUCGACUGCCGCCUCAGCCUGGCGCAGCUGUCCGCCUUCUGAGCACCAGCGCCGACGGGGCAGGGGCGGGGGUGGCGCUGCGGCCCCAGCACCGCCUUGGCAGAUUUUGUUUUUGAGCCAUGGACUUGGGUUGUAAAUUUGUCGGGGAGUGGGCUCCAGGAAGAGCCACCACCCCAGCCCCCGUUUUCCCACCGGGGAGUCUGUACAGAGAUUUUUUCUACGUUUUUAUUUUUUGUCUCAGAGGGAUGGGCUCGGGGGAGGACGGGUGGGACAGCGGAGGGUUGGGGGCGUGGUCUGUAGGAUCGUCAGUGUCCACCCUGCACCUCCACUAAUGCUGUCUCAGUGUUUUUUCUCUCUCUCUCGAGCUUGUACUGCGGUACCGACCCAGCCACCCGUGGCCCAUCCCAUCGGCCGGGGUACCGAGG